AUGAACUUGACUUGGAUGGAAGAGUUCGACGCAAAGCUCGAGUCCGUAAACUAUCCGACCAUCAAAAGGAUCUCCAGUGCCGAGGAUCUCAAUGAGUUGCUUCACUAUUAUUACCACGAACGCUUUCAAGAUGAUCACUACUACGACCACUUAAAGAGCUCGCUCAAGUUGUUUCCCUAUUUGCAUGGUCUUGAUGGUAUCAACCAAAGAGCGUUUUUCCUCGAAGGAAAUGAUCAGAAUGUGGAUGAUAUCACCGAAGUACUAGAAGAUAACAACUUGAUCAAUUUGAUGUUCAUUAAUACUGCAAAGGGAAAAUGUUCAUUUCCUGAUUUGGCCAAUACAGUCGGAUUAGAAGACAUAUUGGUGCCGAAGGUUUCUACAGCAAAGUUUGAGCACUUCGUUCAUUCGUCAACAGAAGUACAACAGAUUGAAGACGUGAAUUUCCAUCGUUUGGAUCAUGUAUGGCGCAUAGAUAUUAUGAAGAAUCAGACUGGGUUGAACAACCGUAACUACAAGGAGCAAAUCAAAUUGAUGGCUCCAUUGUCCAGUUUUGUUCUCUAUAAUUACAACAGAGAAGAAUCAUUGACCUUGGCAAUACUACUCAACACUUUGAGAAACGAAAACAAGAGACAGGUUAUAUACGUUGUUGAUAAGGAUAUUGAUUGGACCCGUAUAAGUCAAGAGUACUUCGAUAAUGACUUGACUGACGGAAUAAUCUACCUGAACGAGUUACAGAAUUUAAUUUGGAAGCUAAACUCCAUGAAAUGGAUGCACAAUCACAAAAUUUGUCUAGGGAAUAUAACAGAUUUCAACAGAAUUUCCGCGUCAGGGUGCAAUCCAUUCAAAUUGAUCAUCAGCUGCCACGAGAAUGCAAGUCUACCUUCGAUGAAGAUGCUUUCAGCUAUCAUGUCAGACUUAGCAAAGCCAAAUUCUGCAAGUGUCUACUACUUGGAGUUCCCUUCAUCAGGGUGUUUCAAUGCAAACGCUAUUACAGUUCCAGAUAUCACAGCAUUUUUGAAUGUAUUGAAGUUGAUCUACAUGGUUGUGUUCAAAUAUGAUCUCAAGGUGUUCAUUUUCUCUUUCGAUGGCUUUACUGGGCUCUCGCUAUUAGCAAUUUGCAUCGCUCAAUUACUUGGAGCCAAGAAUACAGAGGAUUCGAUUCAAGAAUUGUUAGAGAACAAAGGCAAACCUAUGCAUACAAGUAUGAGAUUGUAUUACUUCAAGUCAGAUCUUACAUUCCUCAAACAUUUUGAAAGAAUAAUUGACUAUCUUAAGAACAAGCUAUUAGAUUUGCCUGGCUAUAUCAAUUCUUUAGAUUUCCAUGAGAUGAAUUCCUAUCAUCUCAUUCAUCCUAUGCAAACACCAUCGAAGACAGAUUGGUUCAAUCCUCUUGUCGAUAACAACUUCCCAUCAAGAAUAUUUGAUAACCUAUAUCUUGGUUCACUACAACAUGCUAAUUCCACAACCAUUCUAAAUUCUACCAAAAUUACAAAUAUAAUUUCCAUUGGUGAAUGUCCUAGCUGGUUCAGUCAUUUCAAAAAUCAGGUUAUCUUUGAUUAUGAAGUAAGGAACAGGUACAGAAGUGGAGUUCAAGUGUUGUCCCCCAUUUACCUGUUCAACGAUAAUGAAUGUCACAUAUAUGAGGUAGAUUUUUCUAAUUUAGACAAGAGAAAACUUACCUAUUAUGGACACAAUUUUCCAAAGUAUUUGAAAUCGUUAGUGUUCAUUCACAAUCUAAAAGAUGAUGGUAAGGAUUCCAUACUUGAUCUUUUGACUAAUUGUCCGGAUCACAUACAGUCUAAAUUUCUCCUCACUGAAAGCAAAGAAACAGCACCAGGUACAACAUUAAUUCACUGUCGAAUUGGUGUCUCUCGUUCCGCCUCUAUUGUUUUGGCUUCCAUGAUGAGAAAGUUUAGGUUGAAUUUGCUUUCUUGCUACAUGUACCUUAGAGUUCAGAGGUUCAACAUAAUCAUUCAACCAAACUUAAGACUAUUCUAUGAAUUAUAUAUCUUUGAACACUUCUUGGGAAUUAGGCAUGAUUCCAAUGGUGAUAGGAAGGGUCGGAUAUAUAAUUGGGAGGUUUUGUGCAGUGAGAUUCACAAAUUGAAUAGCCAUUACAUUGACUAAGUCAUCUAUUCCUACCAUAGCAUAUUUAUUACUAGACAUAUUUGCAAUACAAAAUUC